GGAUAUGAGCCUUCAAAAGAAACACUGGAUGGUGACACUACAAGAAGUUUUCUACCCUGCUCUAGCAGCUGUGGGUAUCCCCUCCAACACCAUCACUUUUCUGAUCAUCUUGAGGAGGAACUGCAUGCUCUCCAGGUCCAGCACCUUCUACCUGAUGGCCAUUUCUGUGGCUGACAACCUUGUUCUGAUCUUCAUUGUGGUUCUUGAGCUUUCUGUUAAGUACCACCAGCAGGAGCCGUUUUGGAGUUAUGAACCAUGGUGCAACCUGAGGGAUAUUUUUAACUACGGAGCAUACAACGCCUCAACGUGGCUGGUGGUUGUGUUUACAGUGGAACGUUUUAUCGCCAUCCACACGUGGAAAAUUAAAACCAAAAUCUGCACUCCAAGAUGUGCAGCAUGGACUAUAACGGCUGUUUUCAUCUUCAGUCAUAUUUUUGCCAUUCCUUACUACUGGUCUAAUGCCUCAGUCUACGAGGACAACCAGACCAGAUGUAUUUACAAACCAGAGGCCCCGUCUCAUUUCAUUCACGCCCUGGUUUGGUGUCAAACGGUGCAAGCCUACGUAUUACCCUUCCUCAUCAUCCUCACACUUAACGGGCUGACGCUGCGUCUAAUCUCUCACAGCAACCGAGUUCAUAUCACUGCUGAUUUGACUUCCAGGGUCAAUAAAGUCAUGCCCUUGCUGCGCUCCAGGAAGAGAAAAUCUGUGGUGCUUCUGGUGACUGUGUCCAUGAGUUUCGUGCUGCUGUCUGUCACCCGUGCUAUAACUCAGAUCAUCCUCCGUACAACUCACAUGUACACUUUGGAUCGUAAUGAUUAUAACCUCCAGAUAAAUAUAGCAGCAGACGUCGGAACCAUGCUGAGCCUGAGCAACGCUGCGGCUAACAUGUACCUGUAUGUAUGCACUCAGUCCAAGUUUCGCCAGGAGUUUGUUGCCUGUGUCAGACAGGUGUCUUUCUACUGCAAAACAAAACUGUGUCCUUAAACACAAUUACUGACAGUCCUUGAGGAAGUUUGUACAGGUGCACUUUCCUGGUGUCUGGUAACAGGAAAUGAUCUCAUAACUGGUUAAUGACUUUGUUUCUCUCAGCAGACAACAAGGACUUUAAUUGAACCGCAGCUCCAUAAAACACAAUCUAAUUUACUUUAUUACUGUGUUUUACUCAUUCUGUUCCUCCAUUAAAGACCAUGACCCACAUCCCCACUGUUUGACAUGGUAGUUUAAAUUUCAGAAUUAAUUUCCUGCAUUUGGUUUACAGACCCAGAGCUAACAAACAAGAAGGGCUGACUUGACAACUUGACAGCCAUUGUCACUCUUGGUAAGGCAGUUUGUAAUAUUCUGGUACAAAUGUGCAAAUGUUGUACUUUUUUUAGUUUGAUGGAUACAAACAUAUUGCACUGAGAUACUACUAAUAAUGUAUGUAAAGCACUGAUAUUUUAUGCAUUUGUUACUAUUUGAUCAUGGACCAUAUAUUGAUGAUAUACCGCAUUUCUUCUUCUUGUAUGAUGAUUAACUACAAGUCUGCAAUAAA